GACAGAAUGAAUGGAUUAGCAAUUCUUAACUGAGAUGAGCAAUAAAGAUACUGUCAUGAUCUGGGGGCAAUAAGAGAUUCAGCAAACUGURUGGUCAGGACUGGGAAUUUGAUCAAACUACAGCAAAUUUCUCCUUGGAGAGGUCAGUUCAUCAGCUGAGCUUUACUCAGCCACAUCAUCCUGUAAAUUACUCUCAAGAUAAGGCAGCACAUAAAUUCCCUUCACACAGACACAUUCCUGCAGAGCAGCUCUCCUGCAGGUACAGCCAUGGCAUUCGACGGGUCUUGGAAAAUUGACAGAAAUGAGAACUAUGAGAAGUUCAUGGAGGCAAUGGGUGUUGGCAUGAUGAAGAGAAAGCUGGGAGCCCAUGAUAAUCUGAAGCUCACCUUCCAACAAGACGGGAACAAAUUUGUCGUCAAAGAAGCCAGCAACUUCCGAAACAUAGAGAUUGAAUUCACUCUGGGAGUCAACUUUGAGUACAGCCUGGCUGAUGGGACUGAACUUUCUGGUGCUUGGACCAUGGAAGGAAAYAAACUUGUGGGCACAUUUACCAGAAAAGACAAUGGGAAAGUACUUAAAGCAUACAGAGAAAUCGUGGGUGAUGAACUCGUUCAGGUGAGUUAAG